AUGACUACAACACUAAAGAAUGCUCCUAAUGACUACAAGCACCCUUCGGCCGAUAGAGCGAGAACAUCAUUACUUGAUGAUUGUAAGAGAAAAAUUGAGAAAGAUCGUGGUUCCAUGUUCUUAUACGUUGAAGAUUUUUUUGGUGUGGAAAAAACAGGAAAAGAGAUAGCUAAUUUUCUGCUCAAAUCUAGUGACGAGAUAGGUCCUACGAAUGUCCUUCAGGUGGUCAUAGAUAAUGCAUCAAGUUGCUUUGCUGUUGCUUUUCCAUGGAUGAGAAAUACCUACAUUAGGGGGAAAAAUAUUGUCGAGUGUUUUAUAAAUCAUGCCCAUGCUCAUGCUAUUUUUAGAAGUCAUUCUGCACUUGAAUUAUUAAAAGUUGCUAAAACUCGAUUUGGAUCUCAUCACUUGUUGUUAAAUAGGCUAACACAAUGCAGGGAAGCAUUAGCUACUACUGUUAUUGUUAGGUCUUGUAAAGAUUGGGUAAAUUAUAGAGAUGAAAACGCAAGGGAUUUAGGAAAAGAAAUUACGUCAACUAUAAAAGAUGAAGAGUUCUGGGAAGAAGUUGAUGAUAUAUUGGCUAUUAAUAGGCCAACUUAUCGGAUGAUUAAAUUUGGUGAUAAUGAAGGACAAAAAAUGGAAGAGAUCUAUGAAAGAAUGUAUUGCAUGAUUAGGGAGAUAAAUGACAUAAUGAAAAAUAAUAAACACCAAUCUGAUCAUGGGAGGAUGAAUGAUAUUCUGUUUUCUAGAUGGGAAAAGAUGAAUGUCCCCAUGCAUUGUCUAGGAUUUGCUUUGAAUCCAUAUUCUUAUGACGUAAAUUACUUGCAGUCUCUUGCUCCCGGUGGAAAGCCUAGGCCUGUGCCAAAUUGUAAUUUAGAAGUUGUCCAGGGAGUUCUCAAGGCUUUUGAUAAAAUAGGAGAAGACGAGGAAGAACGGAGGAUCUUGCAUCAACAAAUAGCAAAGUCUCCAGGAAGGAGGGGCAUUUUUGGCACGCUAGCAGUGAAAGUAGAUGAUGUGACAAUGACUCCCAUAUCAUGGUGGUCUACAUGGAAGAAGCACCUCAACAUUUAG